AUGGCGGAUAUCAAAGAAGAUAAAGGUCAUGCCCAGCAGCAGCACUUGGGUCUUGCUGUUGAACCUCCAAAAAUGGAAGAAAAAGAAGAAGGGAGGGAGCAGAAGAAGACUCAAACCAAACGCGUGGCUUCGCUCGAUAUUUUCAGAGGUCUCACAGUUGCUUUAAUGAUUUUGGUUGAUGAUGCUGGGGGUGAGUGGCCUAUGAUCGGGCAUGCUCCAUGGAAUGGAUGCAAUCUUGCUGAUUUUGUCAUGCCAUUCUUUUUAUUCAUUGUGGGGAUGGCCAUUGCACUUGCUUUUAAGAGAAUACCAGAUAGGUUAAAGGCCAUUAGUAAAGUGAUUUUAAGAACUCUCAAACUGCUUUUCUGGGGCCUCCUUUUACAAGGAGGUUUCUCACAUGCUCCUGAUAAACUAACGUAUGGUGUUGACAUGAAAAUGAUUAGGUGGUGUGGAAUUCUCCAGAGAAUAGCUCUUGCUUAUUUCGUUGUGGCUCUAAUAGAAAUCUUGACAAGAAAUACCCAAGCAAAGAGUCUAUCACCCGGACGAUUUUCUAUAUUCAAGUUAUAUUUUUGGCAUUGGGUCAUGGGAGCAUGUGUUUUAAUUGUGUACUUGGCCACACUAUAUGGAACUCAUGUUCCUGAUUGGCAGUUUACUGUGCAAAAUUCCGAUAGUGCUGAGUUUGGGAAAAAAUUAACUGUAGCUUGUAAUGUGAGGGGAAAAUUAGAUCCUCCUUGUAAUGCAGUAGGUUAUGUAGACAGAGAAGUGCUUGGAAUCAAUCAUAUGUACCCACAUCCGGCUUGGAAGCGAUCCAAAGCUUGCACUAAGAAUUCCCCUCACGAGGGGCCUUUCAGGAGUGAUGCUCCACCCUGGUGCUAUGCAUCUUUUGAACCUGAAGGACUUCUGAGCUCAGUUUCUGCCAUUCUCUCCACCAUCAUUGGAGUCCAUUUCGGACACGUGUUGGUACACAUGAAGGAUCAUUCAACUAGACUUCGACAUUGGGUUGUUCCGGGUCUUGCUCUUCUGAUUUUAGGGAUUAUCCUUCAUUUUACGGAUGCUAUUCCUUUAAAUAAGCAGUUGUACACUUUCAGCUAUGUUUGUGUAACGUCUGGAGCAGCAGCAUUAGUAUUCUCGGUUUUCUACAUUCUGGUUGAUGUUUUGAAUUUGAGGUACAUGUUUUUGCCAUUGGAAUGGAUUGGUAUGAAUGCUAUGCUUGUUUAUGUAAUGGCGGCCGAAGGUAUCUUUGCCGGAUUCAUCAACGGGUGGUAUUACGAUAAUCCCCAUAAUACACUGAUAUAUUGGAUACAGAAGCACAUUUUCAUCAAUGUUUGGCAUUCAAGAAAAGUGGGCAUUCUACUUUAUGUUAUCUUUGCUGAAAUAUUGUUUUGGGGCAUUGUUGCUGGUUUAUUGCAUCGGUUCGGGAUUUAUUGGAAGCUUUAG